AUGGUUUACAAAGGCUGGAAGGACUGGUUUGAAUCCCACUGCACGCUUUGGAAGAAAGGAAUCGAACACAGUGACAUCAGCCUUGAUAAUCUAAUGUUGGACCCCAUCCUCGGCGUUGGUGUCCUGCAUGACUUCGACCUCCUGAAAAACAUCGGCUGGAACGUUAGAAGCGAACGACAGAUUGGGACCGUCGCUUUCGCCGCUUUUGAUCUCCUGAAAAAGGAAACAAUAGAACAUCACCCCGUUCGAAUGUAUCGCCAUGACGUUGAAUCGUUGAUCUGGGUAUUGGUCUGGGUUUGUCUAAACCUUGAAAGAAUUGGCGAGAAGCCCAAAGGCAUGGACCGGCUUAAAAUGACCAGACAAAUUUGUUACUUUCGUUCAUGGAUGAAUGAUCCCUCCGCAUCUGAAGAUGUGCGAUCGGACUUUUUGAAGGACUAUCUUACCGACUGCCAUGCAUCUCCACGUUUUGAAAAACUUUGGACCCUUGCAAUGCGCUUUCUCGAAUGGUUCAAUGACCGUGACAGGUCGAGGGAGAAGCGCCAGUGCUCUUCAACUGCAAGACAGUUGAAGACGGCUGUGCGAUGA